AUGGACGACCUACCUGAGAAGACUAUCUGCAAAACAGCAGAUGAGAGUUCGCAACUCCCAAAAAAUGAGGACACUGUAGGUCAGAGCCUCUUAGUCAAGAAGCGAGUAAUACUAACUGAUGUAUAGGCGACCACAGAAAAAACCUCAUCCGAAUCUACGAUUUCUGAGAAUGUUCAGAAGCCGACUCUUAUUACUUUGCCAGAAGAAGUUAUCGAGUUGAUCAUCAAGCAACUUCACCCUGUCCCUUCGAUGUGCUUAGCUCUCACGGCACGCAAGUUCCACCGAAUCCACAAGGCAGUCCAUGGAAAGGUCUCACUCAACAGCCGUCACGAAAACGAAUUUCUUUCAACACUCCUGGUUGACUGGUAUGAGGAGCGAGGAUUCACUUUGAUUAUAUUUGCUUCCCAAUUUGGAGGAAUAACUCGUUCUUAUUUCAGCACUUAUUACUUUAAACCCAGAUUUGUAUCAACAAAUUUGUCAAGUGAGUAGUUUAGACGUAACCUAGAGGGACUGGAGAAUUUGGAAGUUUGGGAGUCCAACGAAUAUGCUAACUACCUCGCACGAGCUGGAAAACUUUAUCCGCGUUAUUAUGGUGACAAAUGGAAUGAUGAUGAAAACGUACCAUUGAUGUGGGGAGAGGUAGUCAGUAGCUAUUAGCUCAAGAGGUAAUGCAUAAAGAAGAUGGAUUUACGCAAACAUGAAGGGAGGGAUGGAGACAGUAGAGGUCUUGGAGAGUUUGGAGGCAGGAAAUUCAUAGGUCUUAUGGAAAGGGGUGAAUUGCUAGAGACGAAGGAACUUCAAGGAGGAGUACUGAUACCCUUCCUGGCUUCUCUUAGAUAGAGUAAUCUAGUUACUUUUCAAUCCACAGAGUUCUAGCACAUGGUUCUUUACAAGCGUCUUUUGGGUAUCUUGCAGAGAACUAGGAAUUAUCUAAGCGAUUCUAGUGUAUGAUUACCAUCUAUUUUAAUUCGGAUUUUUCCAUAUUCUACCGACAGUCAAUCACCUUAAUUGUACUUAGCAACUCCCAUUUUCGCCAGAAAACAUAUUAUUGUUUACACUCUGAGAUACUUGGAUAAUGGGACGUCAGAAUAAGCGAGUAUUUGUAUGGUAAUAGAGUUGUAUAUCUUAGCACAUUGAUAGUAUACCUUCUCCUGAAACAAUGUAAUGUGAAGAGAUUUGUAUAGUGUAAGUAUAAACCCCAUUUCAAAGGAUCCAAGCUAGAUGGAGCUGAGUGGAAUAAGAUAUUUCAUCUCAACGUGAAACAACAAUGAAGCCAUUCCCAAUCUUUCUGGUUCAUAUGAACAUACGGAGGUGAAUAUAAUGAAACCGGCAGGCUUACUGCAUUGAGCGCACUCUUUCUGGAUUUUGUGCAUUCACCAUUGAUGUGAAAAAAAGCACUGACAAAGUCUAAACAGCCUAAUAUACAACCAGUAAAUUCACUGAUAAGUGGGAAAAGGUUGUUCACCAAGUAUAUGCUAGGUGAAGUGACCUUUGUCAAUAUGGCGCUCUGGGUGAUUAGCUCUAUUGAACUCUUACAAGUACAAGCUAGUAGAUCGCCUUUUCCCAACAAUUUACUUUUCCAAUCCCAGAACAACGCUGAGCCGACAAUAAUCUUUGAGCACACUCACCACUUUCUGCAGACUCGCUGUCAGUAACAUUGUAGUACUGCGCUCAACUAAAAACUCAAAAUAGAUCGAGAUCUCUGUCAGUCUUUUACUCUUAGACGAUAUCAAACUGUACACGGGUAGCGCCAGAGCACGAACAAGCCCCCUCAGCGGACACAAAGAGAGCUUUGAGUGACUAAUUACCCAGUGGAGAAACCUUUCCUGCAUCUAUGGACCAGUUGGCUACUUCAUCGCCAUCCACAGUCAGAAGGCCAUCUGAAGAAAUGUCUGAAGCACGAAAAGAUGAACCUAUUGUAAGUAGCAAGACCCAACAACUACACGAAAGGAGCAAGCUAACAUGAGGACAAGAGAAGCUAGUUCUUAGAGACUUUCCCGAAGAACUCCUUGUGCAAAUCAUGAACGAGCUCCAUCCAAUCCACUCCGUUUGUUUAGGUCUUACGGCCCGAAAGUUCUACCGCAUCCACAAAGAGAUUCAUGGCCAGGUCACAAUAAGAACCAACAAUUCACGUGUACAUAUCCAACAAGACCAUAAGAUUGUUACCUAUUUAGAAAACGGUGAUGGCAAGCUUGAGCUAUCUUCUCUAUUGGAAGCCUGGCUUACGAAGCAAGGGUUCCAAUGGAUUAUUUUGGCUCAAGAUCGCAAGUCAGAGAGAACCAGUAAACAUCUAGUUUGGGUUCUUCCUGGGCAUUAUGUGGCUGAUAAGAUAGUUCAGAUGUGGACUGGUGAGAUUCCUGAGGAUGAGGAAAUUGCAUAUGAUGGGGCAAAGGGUUAUUUUAUUAAUCAGGUGGGAAUUGAGCAUCCUAAUAUCUUUGAAUUCUCCAUAGAAAACAUGUGA